CGUCUCGUGGUAAACACUUCACUUUCUUGAACGCUUUCAAGCACAAAGCACGAAAGCAUACUUGUUGGGAAUAACAAGAUACACCAAAUCCAAAGGUACACAUAUGUAGGCCUAGUGUGACCUCUCAAGUCUACCAGAAACCCCGCAAUACUCAGACGACAAUGCCUACAGCGCAGUCACAAAAAUCACGCGUGCCGCUUGGCGACGCAAGCGCCAGAACGAACCAAGAUGUCUCUGGUGUCGCAACUCCUGGCCUCAAGCCCCCACACCAGGCCCAGAAGACCAUGUCGUGGGAAGAGGCCGAAAAGGCCGCCAUGGCGGUUUUCAACGCGGAGCAGCCAGCCAGUAAAGACGUGCCUCGGAACCCCCAGUCUGAACAGAGCCAGAUGAAUGGUGCCCAGCAGGAUGCUGCAAAGGCCAAACCAGCCGCGGCGGAGAAGACGAAGAAGAGGAAGUCGAGCAGCAGCACAGGCGCAUCCACAGACACGGGCAGUGCCGCGAGCAAAAAGCGCAAGGCCGAGCAGUCGCUGGAGGAGGACAUUGCCAACUACACCCAGGACCUGAACGACCGAUUCGACCCCGACGGCCCGUGGGGGCCCAUGGACGAGAGCUGCCAGAAGGUGCGGGGCCGACUGACCAGGCUCUUCGAUAACGACAUCAUGACCAAGACGGCCUUCUGCGAUGCGAUCGGGGUCAGCAGCCACUCCCUGCGGGGGUUCCUCACCAACAAAGGCACCAUGGGCGGACAGGGCAGUUCGACCUACGACAACGCGUGGGUGUGGUUCAAGCAGCGGGAGCUGGCGGGCCUGAAGAUGCCCGACGCCAAGAGGCGCAAGCAGAAGAUUGCCGACCAGCAGGCAAAGGACAAGGGGACCGCGACGCCGAGUGGCAAGGCGCCUGCCAAGGACCUCGGCCUGCCCGACAUCAGCGACAUUGAGCUCCCGGGAGAGGGUGGGGACGUCGUGGCGUGCUUUGACAACUGCGACGAGGUGCGUCGCAAGAUCAACGCGCACAUGAAGAUCCCCGGUGUCACGGCGGCGCAGUUCUGCCGGGAUCUGUUCGCACAGUUGAGCGAGCCGGAGACCGGGGCGAUCCAGAGCUCGACGCUGACCCGGUUCCGCAACGCCAAGGGCCCCGUCGCGGGGGCCAAGUCGAUCGUGUACUACACCGCGUACGUGUACUUUGAGAAGCUUCGCAUCGCGCAGGGCAGGCCCAAGACGGAGCACCGCAAGAGGAUGGAGGAGGCUUGGGGGGUCAGUGGCAUGCGGCGUGAUGCGGACGACAACACUCGGUUCUUGACCUGUGGCAACGAGCGGCCAUGGGUUGAUGAGUUUGGAAAGUUCCAUUUCGGCCACAGAUGAAGCCUGCGAUGCUUGCGGGAAAAGAACUUGGAUUUCGGGACGUGGCGUUUAGAUUUUUUGGGUUUGUUUCUUCUUCAUGGGAAGAACAGGUGCCAAUGGCGCAAUCUGUGUACUAUAAUCAUUGGAUGGUAAAGUUUGGGUUUCCAUUGUGAGCUUAUAUUUUUCAUUGUGUCAGUGCACGUGGCAGGCGAAGUAUCUGCAAUAAGGUUGAAUCCCCGCGAUGACAGAAAGCGUUGACGGCGUAGUGUGGGUUUUGGCUGACAAUGGAACUGUUACG